AAGAGAGGGAAAAAGAAGGAGAGAAAAUAAUAAUUAAAAAAUCCUUUAAAAAGAGAGAGAAGUAAAAUUACGUUUAUGAACCUAGUACCCAUGUCUACCACCUCACGGGUCCCUCAAUAAGUCAAAUCCUUCCGUUUUCUCUAUCUUCAUCCCCGAUCCUCAAACCCUAGAUCCCCUUUUCUUCAUCUUCUCUCUCCUCGCCGCCGCCACCUCUUUCAACGCCGAUUACCCUAAAUCGCCGAUCUAACACCCCUUCACCCUUUUCCGAUCCUCAAUUUCUUCUCAUCCCCCUUAAUUUAUUCUUAUUUUUUUGUUCCUGUUUUCCCCCCUUUUUUGCGCCUCCGAUCUGGUCGCGCUGGACAUGGCUCACAAACGGCCAUUUGAUGACGAAGUGCUUAAUGAGGGUUCCUUCAAGCAUCAGAGACAGGAUGAACCCAGUGAUGAGAUAAACUUGUGUAAUGAUAGUUUCUCUAUAGAAGGUGCCAGUGGGAAACCUUACGUAGGUGAAUCUAGCAUUGGAAAAGAUGAACUGAAAUCACGUCAAGAGCAUGAAAAUGGCAGUUGCCCUGUAAUUCCCAGGGAGGUGGUCGAGGAUUUUGGAAGUGAUGCGCCCAGAUCUGCUUCUUUAUCUCACUGGGCAACAAGUAGCACUAGUGAUGAUGAUGAGAUGCCAGAAGAACAACCAGUUCAGUUACCUUUAUAUCCUGGAUAUUUUAGUUUUGACCAUCCUGUGAGACCAGUAAUAAAUCCAGAAGAUGUAUAUUAUUGUAUGUUGGAUUAUCCUCCACGGAAGCGAAUUCCAGUAGGGACCGAUCAUCAAGCAGAUAUUCCAUGUUUGAGAACCCAGAAAAAUGAGAAUACUUCAGAUGGUUUAGGAACACUCAAACCUGCAUCCUCUGACAAAAACAAUGUAGAUGGGAUCUGCAUCAUGCCAUUUCCGAAGAUCGAUUCUCUGCCUAGUUAUGGUGAGAAAUUCGGAAAUGGUAGGACUGAUUGUACAUGUCCAGAUCAAGGAUCUAUAAGAUGUGUUCGACUACAUAUUGCAGAAGCUAGAGAUAAUUUGAGGAAAACUCUUGGUCAUGAUACUUUCAUGGAGUUGGGUUUCUUUGACAUGGGAGAAGUCGUGGCAGAGAAAUGGAGCAUUGAGGAAGAACAGUUAUUCCAUGAGAUUGUAUAUUCUAACCCAGCAUCAGUGGGUAAAAAUUUCUGGAAUAUUCUUUCAGCUGUGUUUCCUUCUCGAACCAAGAUGGAGAUUGUUAGCUACUACUUCAAUGUUUUCAUGCUCAGAAAACGAGCAGAUCAGAAUAGAUGUGAUCCGUUCAACGUAGAUAGUGAUAAUGAUGAAUGGCAUGGAAGUGACGAUGAUGGGGGUGAUGAAGGUGGAAUGUCAGAGGAAGAUGAAGACUCGGGUGUUGAAUCCCCUACUACUCAUCAUCAUGAUGCGCCCGAGUUUCGUCAAAAUGGUUUGCAGUUUCGUAACGGUGAACUUGGGCCCGAAGAUGAUGGGUAUCUGUCAGAUGAAGCCCGAGAAAACGACGACUGUAAUAAUGGUGAUGGAAAUGCAAGGAAAUUCGAUCACGAUUCUGCGUUUGAACACACUGGUAAGAAAUCUGAUGAUGAUGCAGAAAACGAUGUCCAAGAUGGAUCAUGCACGUCCUCAGAUUCAGGUGCCCCGGUGCAAGGAACCCGGUUUAAGCCCGAUGGUUGUCAUGAGUGGAAUGAUUACAUUAUAGAUGGGUUUAGUAUGAGUUGCCCGAAACAAAAUGUAGAUUUCUUAUCGACAUGCAGUAUGAUCGAAGAGGUUUUCGGAGAUGGUGGUUUCGACUCCUCGAAAGGGAAGAGAUGGUGAGGUGGUACUAAACAUGUUAUUGUAAUGGAGCGGGUCGUAAGUCCAGCAUUUUUUUAUCCGGGCUUGUUUGGGCAAGAUUCGGGCACCCAGAGCACGACUAUAGCUUCUUCUGCAAAAGAUAACCUCAAAUGUGGUGUUUAUUAUCUUUUUUAGAGGAUUAAUUAGAGGAUCCAACUUUCCUGAUGUAUAUUGCCAUUUGUUUGGAAAGAUGGGAAAUCCAGCAUAAAAUGUAAAAUAGUGAACUUUUUUAAUUUGUGGUGCGCCUACAUAAGGUGUGUGCCGCUUUUCUUGUAGCUCAUCUCUUCUUUUACAGCUUGUAAAAGCCUUUGGGUUUUACAACUUAA